AUGCUGUCGACAACAGGAGCACAUGUCUCCUUCCAUCAUCUAUAUGAUGCCGGAGAUCCUCAAGCCGUGCCAUUCUACGAUGGGCCGAAUCUGGCUUCGAAUGCUGAACAAUCGGUGUUUCUGUCAUUGCCAACCAAACGGAAUGCAGCUCAUCAUCUAAACGCGGCCCCCACUACCGCCACUCACGUCUUGCAGGGCGUUAAAGCUCUAGGAAAUGGUGCUAAACGAGCCAUUGCUCGUCUGGGAAGUGCUACUCAGAUCGACAUUCGUGAUUCUGCAUCUUCGGCAUCAAACGCUGGUGAUUUAUUGGAGCGAUCGAACUCUCAGGCUCGAUUAUUAGCACCACAAUAUUUAGAUUUCAAGGAAAUCCUUCUUCCAACCAUCCUGGCUCUCGUGCAGCCUGUUCCUCACGUCGCUCUUAACAACAGCACCAAUCAGCCUUUUGGUAAUACCGUACCAAUAAAGUCGCACUUUCCUGUAAGGAAUCCUACCUCAGCAUAUGAUAAUUAUAACGAUCUAGCUGCUGACGCUGAAGAGGAGGCUGAAGAGUCACGGUUGCAGCUGUUGAAAACCACAGAGCUCCUUUUACCUACAGAGUCUCAGUGGUAUGCUCUAAACCAAAUGAGGAUUCACGCCGGAGCACCUGAACGUAGCUUUGGUGGUAUAGAGAAGCUGGCACAUUACUAUGCCCAGUUGGUAUAUUUGGAGCAGAAGUUUCCUUUUGAAACUGGAAAGAUGGAUGUGACCUUCAUUUGGUUUGAAGCUUUCGCGGACGAUAAAAAAAGUAGUGAGAACCCUGUCACUUUUCACGCUGAAGGCCAAAUGCUAACCAUAUUAUUCCGUCUAGUUAUCACCAGCUGCAUCCAGUACGAGAAGGCAUCAGUUCUCUACAAUAUGGGCUCUAUUUUCUCUCAAUUGGCUGCUGGAGAACAGUUAUGGACAUCUGCUGGCAAAAAACAUGCCUCAGCCUACUUCCAGAAAGCCGCUGGUGUAUUUAUCUUCAUUCGGGAUGCACUUUGCAAUCGAUAUCGCAUCCGCGUGGACAAAUCGUCGGAUGUCUCAGAGCAGACCUUGACUGCAUCAGCUCAAUUGAUGCUUGCUCAGGCUCUGGAAUGCUUUUACGGAAAGGCUACCGAAGAUCAUGUCAGCAGCCCUAUCACAGCUCAGAUUGCUGCUCAGUGUGCUGACUAUUAUCAGAUUGCUCAACGAUCGGCCAAGUCGAAUAACGGGUUUGGAAAGAUUCGAUAUCCAAGGGAAUGGGUAUCGCAAAUGAAGACAAAAUAUCUCCUAUUGACGGCUAUAGCCCAUUUUCAUACACCUUCGACGCUACCAGCAGCCAUGCAAGUCGCGGAACGAGUAACGAGAUUAACAGUAGCCCGCGGAUAUGCCUUCCAAGCUUCCAAAGCUGCCCGUGAUACAUCAGCAGUAUUACGGGAUGUAGUAGACGCAUACACGGAAGUUAUUGUUAAUGCUCUAUUGGCUACAGAUUCCGCCAAUUUUGACUUGCACCACCAAACCACCGUCGAUGUCCGAUUACUAGUACCUAUAAAACGACCUUCUGAUCCGCUUGUAGCCCCGCCCACCGCCACGAAUGUUCUAGGUCCAUUAAAUCGCUUCCAAGACUUAUUCCAUGCCGUCAUUGCACCAAAUCAUCACGAAGACGUCCGUAAUUUCUUACAGGAUUGUGGUCGUAUUGUAGAAGCCGGACGUAUAGAAUUAAGUAAUUCUGUGGUGGAGAUUGAUGCCAAAGUUGCUGCUCUGGGAUUGAGUCUCGCCUCAUCAAAGGCCGAAGAUGAUGGGAAGGAUGGUGGUGCAACAACAUCGGAAGAUGCUUUUCAACGAGCUAAUCCAGCGAUGCUGAUUGAGCAGAUUAAAGUCUAUCAAAAGGAAGAAGUUGUGAUUAGCUCGGAGGAAAUGAUCAAGAACCUUCGACGGCUUCAGGAGAUUAUUGGUGGUAACCUUCAAGAGUCGUUACAAAUCCUAGAUCGUAUUGAAAUCGCGUCGUUGGGUGACUCGAAUCUUGUAAAUCAAGUCUCGAUAUUACGACAGUCAGCCGUAGAAAUGACUGAUGUAAUGCGUGAACGCAAGCUCAAACUAGAGGAUUUGUAUCUAUUGUAUGAGACAGAGAUUGCCGAGUUUUCACCAUUGGGUUGGAGUGAGGAAAAGCUUAAAGCAAUCUUGCCAUGUCUGGAUACUCCUAGUGCUACACUAGAUGAUACAAGAUCAAGAUUGACAGCGGCCAGGUUGGAACGUGGUAUCUUUUUGGCCAAGAUAUCGGAUACGAGAGCUGAAUGUCUCAAGAAGUUUGAGGAAGUUCAAAAUUUCGGAACUGGAUUAGACGUGUUGAAGACGGGGGAAGAUUUGGAUGUGUCUGCUGCUUUGAACGCUAGACGUAAACAGCUCAAGGUCCUGGAAGAUACUAUUCGCCAAACUCGCAAGGAGAAGGAUGAGCUUUUGGCAAAGAUCGAGAGCCUUACCAAGUCCAUUAUGAGAGAUACUGCUGGUGUUUCAGAAGAGGAGCAGUCAAGAGCAAUAGUUGAUAGCUUCAAGACAACUUUUGCACAUUAUGCUGUCUUUAGGGAGGAAACUCAGAAUGAAAUCAAGAAAUGCUUACGAUUACGAGAAGAGUCAGCUGGUAUUCUUGUACGUUGCCACAAGUUCACUGGAAGCAAGGGCUCUGGAGAUAGUCGCCGUUCGUCUCCUGGUCGCAACAGAGAAAAGCUACUACCACAUCCAUCAGGUUUAGACCGAGAUCCUAUGGUCACCAAUAUGAUGGCGAGUGACUCAAGGCCACCAUCUCCAUAUCGCGAAAAUGGUCGUGCCAGCACACCACACCAGUCUGCUCCCAGCUCUCCAACCAGAGUAGCGUCAUCAAUCCCAGGUGUAAAAGUACCUGCUCCCAUGUCACCGGCAACAUCUGCGGACUCUAGUCCUGAUGUAAUCAUGCCUGAUUCAAAGGCAACUGAAGAAAUUCGACAAGCUCUUCAGGAAGCAUUGCCUCAUGAAGGACGAUUCGAUGUAUAUACUCUCGGAUCUCUCCCAGGACAUCCAUCUGAUCCACAGGUUGAGAGUACUGAAGAUUAUAUGAAGAGACUUAUUUCUACGCAACAAGCUGAAAUUGAGCGAUUGGGUGCUCUCCAUAAGAAUCACGAAGCUCAUAUACGAGAAUUGCAAAAACAGCAGCGGACUUCUAGUUGGGCAGCUUUGGAAGCUCUCGCUAGUAGUAAAUCGCAUCCUGAUUUGAUGGAUGCUGCUCAAGAGCCACUUUAUAAGCAACAGCCAACAAGAUCAGAGUUUCUUGAACAGCGACCUGCUGGGUCGAAACGAGCUCAAUUACUUGAAGUGAAACGACGACCAUCUGGUGCUCCCAUUAAGUAUGUCUCUGCUACGGGAAACGAGCAUUAUCAAAGACCUCCACGUAUAGAAACUGCUAGAGUUAUAGUACCUCCAGCUACUGGAAUUGCUUCGUUCAGCCCGACCAAGUCUACCGAGAAGAUGAAGUCAGGAUUCUUAAAAUUCUGGAAUGCAAGUGGUAGAGACGCCGAUGCAUCCUCAUCAGCGCCCAUCCAACAUCAAGAUCCUGAGUCGAAUGCACAGGCCAGACCACCCCAUAUAGUUCGACGACCAUCAUUGCACCGGCCUACAAAUAAUAAUAUUGCGUUGGAGCCUAGCUCACGCAAAACGAGUUACGCCACCGCCAUUGAAAUCUUACAUAAUGGCCAACGAGUGCCGAGUGGAUUCAACAGACGUGUAUCAGAUAUGAGUGCAUUUGGAGCAGCAGCAGAAGACGUUAUAAUCGAUAACGGUUCUGAUUUGCAUUCUUCCGAACUCAACUUUUUCGAAGUUGAGGAUGCUCAUCCUGAUCCAGCCGUAGAAGCAAGAUACGAGACAUUAAUUAGACAAAUCCAACGUCUAAGAUCUGAAAAUGUAGUUAUACGACAAUCGUCUGCUAAAGAUGCUCGUAAAUUACGUAAAGUGUUGGCUAUGAUGGAUGCUCAAGACCAUGUCAAGGACUCUGUCACGAAUCAUGCUGCUGCUACAGCCCCAGUAUCGCGAUCAGCUACACUACCAGUCCGUUAUCCAUCCGUGUCUGGGCUUUUCGAGCAGGAGCAGGCUCGCUCUUCAAACCACGACUCGAGACAUCCAACUCAACUACAAGAAUGGGUUGCUGAACAACGUAGAGCAUUAAGUGAACGAGGGGGUGGUGAGACUGUCAAUGUCGCUCAGAAAUUCGAACCAUCGUCACCACGAAAACCAGUCUCACAUAACUAUAAUCAAGAACCUACACCACCGUCAUCCACCUUCCGCCCACCACAACAACAACACCAAUUUGCAAUGUAUGGCAACAACACUCAAGCUCAAAACCAUGCCUUGAGCACUGUCGCAUCGGUUGCAGCAGCUGCAGCAGCCGCUGGUGUCCAUGUAGCUCAAACAGGACAAACGGUAAUGAUGAUGUCGUAUGGCGAGACUUUCCCGGAGAGCAUGAUGAUGCAUCGUAAGCGAAAUCCGGUUGCUUCUAUGGCUACCGCCGAGUACAGUAAAGUCGAAUCGGGUACAACUGGUCGUAUGUAUACAAAGACUCGUAACGCUGUUGGUGGCGGUAAUGGAGCCAAGGGCAAAUAUCCAUUUGAUAAGGGAGAUAGUGGGAUUGGAGCUAGUGGAGCUAGUUUGUCGAAUACUACGGAUGAUGGUGCCCGUGUUCCAAAGGUUGUUAAGAGGUCUGAAGGCAAGAAAGGUCCUCUAGACCCAUACUCUAAAAUGAAGCGUGAUAAUGAUCAAGUAGUGGGACAAUUGGCGUCUCUUCCACCUUCAAGUUCAGCUUCGACGGACGCAUAG